CUUGGGUUAGGCAGGCUGAGCUCCCUGUGAAAAUCAAGAACCUACAGCAUUAUUAUGCCAAUCUACUAGACCUUGCUAUCAUUGCUCAUCACAGCAACGAUAGUGAUUUGGAAGAGAAGGUUCUUUUCAAAUGGCAGGAAGCAAAUUAUCUCUUCAACACAGAGAUGCCGAACAUAGAAAUCGCAAUAAAGGCUUUUAACCCUAACUUCUUGCCAGCCGACUCCGCGCUCCGGGAUUGGAUCACACAGUCUUUCUCGUUCCUCUGGAGUACAGAGGAUCAUGGUGAUUAUGGCGAGUUCUGCCGUGGGCUGAAUCUCAGGCCUACACCUUCCGAAGCAUUUCUCUAUGGAAUUGCGCGAGUCCGCUGCCCCUUUGCAAAAGGCGAGGAUAUUGCCGUGUUGAACUACUGGUGCAAGGUGCAUCGGCAUGGGGGAGGGCCUGAAGAGCGGGAGUGUAAAAAAUGGAGAGAUAAGGUUAGCAACCAGGCUCUUUAUCAUCUGCUAAAAGAAAAAGAGGAGUCUAGGGCCAGCGAAGCUGAGGAGCUGAUUAAGGUGAAAGGCGGGGUUAUCGUAUGGAAGCACAAGGGUAUUGGAUCACCAAUUCAAACCCCGACCCAGCAGGGGAAACGGAAAAUGCCUGCCUCGGGAACUGUGGCUUCAAGGAAGAAGAAUAAAUCGGGUGGUACCUAUGGCUCUAGUAGAUGAUGACUGCGUACUUCCCCUGAGGACCCUCGCAUACCC